AUGUACAUCAAACGAAUCACUAUACAAGGCUUUAAAACUUAUAAAAAUACAACCAUCAUCAAUAAUAUCUCACCGCAUCAUAAUGUUUUAGUUGGUAGUAAUGGUUCAGGUAAAUCUAACUUUUUUGCAGCAAUUAGAUUUGUUCUUAGUGAUGACUUUGAUAGGUUAACUAGAGAAGAAAGAAUUGGUUUAAUUCACCAAGGCUCAGGUUCUGUUAUGAGUGCUUAUGUUGAAAUUGUUUUUGAUAAUUCUUCAGGUAGAAUACACAUUUCUUCAAAUACACAGCUAUCAAAAGAAAGUCAAGAUGAUGUUGUAAUCAGAAGAACAAUUGGCUUGAAAAAAGAUGAAUAUUCUAUAAAUGGGAAAUCCAAAACAAAACAAGAAGUUAAGGGAUUAUUGGAAACUGCUGGAUUUUCCACUUCUAACCCAUACUAUAUUGUUCCACAAGGUAGAAUUGUAGCUUUGACUAAUGCCAAAGAUCAUCAACGUUUAGAAUUGCUAAAAGAGGUCACUGGUGCUAACACUUUUGAAAAAAAACUAAAAGAUUCACUACAAACAAUGGAUGAAACUGAAGUUGGCAGAAAAAGAGUUGCUAAUGAAUUAAAAGAGUUGGCUAGCAAAUUAAAGGAUUUGGAAGACGAAAGAGAAGAAUUGAACAAAUUUCAAAAUUUAGAUAGGGACAAAAAAUGUAUUGAAUAUACUUUAUAUGAUCGGGAAUUAAAUGAAGUUACCAAUCAAAUAGAAAAAUUGGAAAGUAGUUAUUCUUAUACCGUAGAUUCUUCUGCUCAAUAUAUAUCUGAAUUAGAAAAAAGGGAAACUUUGGUCAGGGAAAUUGAGGUUAAUUUAAGUAAUUUGGAUACAGCUUUGAAACUUAAAGAAACUACCGAUGUUCUUCAACUAAAAUCUGAAAAAUUAGAAGUGGCUAGAGAACUAGCAGAUUUAAAUGUUAAAAAGGCAGAUUUGGAAUCUCAAUUAACAUAUAUUGAAAAAUCUAAUACGCAAAAUGUACGUUUAUUAACUUUAUUAGCUUCCAAGAUUGCCGAGAAAAAAAAAACUAUCGACCAUUUGGCACCAAGUUACGAUGAACGAUUGACUAAUGAAACACAGUUAACAAACAAAAUUUCAAAACUCCAACAAAGACAAAGUUAUUUAAUUACUAAAAGAGGCAGAUAUGCCGAAUUUUCUGAUGAAGAGGAAAGAAAUGCCUGGAUACAAAGUGAAAUUAACACUUUAAGGGAAAAAUACGAUGAUAUUGUUAAGGAUAAAACUGAGUUGGAAACUGAAAAUGAAAAAUUCAAGGGGGAGCUUCAUAGAAUAGACGAAGUUCUUGAAGAUUUACAUGAUUCAAUAGAGGGACCACAUAUCACUGGGGAAUUAGAAACCCUAAAUAAAGAUAUUGAAAAUUUGAGAGAUAAAUAUUAUGCAAAGAUUGAUCAAAGAAAAGAAUAUUGGAGAGAAGAACAAAAAUAUCAAACAAUUUUAACGUCUUUAGAUUCAGAUAUAGAAAGAGCACAAAGAUCUGUUAACGAAAGUAUGGAUAGAAAUUUGGCUAAUGGGCUACAAGCCGUAAAAAAAAUUUCAGAAAGAUUAAAUUUAAAUGGUACUUCUGUUUUUGGCACUUUGGGUGAAUUGAUCCAAUAUAAUGAAAAGUAUAAAACAUGUGUCGAAACUAUCGGGGGCAACUCUUUGUUUCAUGUUGUUGUUGAUAACGAAGAUACUGCGAGUAUUUUAAUGGGCGAAUUGGUUAAAUCUAGAGCGGGACGGGUUACGUUUAUGCCAUUGAACAGAUUGAACAAUGAAUAUAUAAGUUAUCCUCCAGAUGAAGAACUCUCAGUUCCAUUAAUGAAGAAAAUACAUUGUGACAGCGAUUACAUCAAUGCUGUAAAACAGGUUUUUGGGAAGGUCAUUGUUGUUAAGGACUUGACUUCUGGUGUUAGAUUGGCCAAACAGUACAAGCUAACUGCUAUAACUUUAGAUGGCGAUAAAGCAGAUAAAAAAGGUGUUUUAACGGGUGGUUUUAAUGAUAAACAUAAACAAACAAGAUUAACCUCAAUGAAAGAGUUAAAGGUCAAAAGAAAAGACUACGAAGUGGCCCAAAGUAAAUUGGCUGAAUUGGCUGAUACUUUAAAAAAGACAGACGAUGAAACAGACCAAAUUAACGGUGAAUUGAAAACUAAAACCCUUACAAAAGAAACCAUGCUAAUAGAUAUUGAAAGGUAUAGGAGCAAAUCAAACAAGGUCAAAUCACAAAGAUACAUAUUGGAAGAAAAAUCAAAGCGUUUGGUUAUUAAAAUUGAAAAAUUGAAUACCACCAUGUUAGAAGUUAGUCAAAAAAUUACAAGACUAGAAAACGAUAUGAAUCAAACAUUUAAGACGGAAUUAACUGAUGAUGAAACAACGGAAUUAAAUCAAAUUAACAAUGAGCUACCAAAGUUAGAUUCUGAGUUAAACAAAGUUACAGCCUCGUUAAGCGAUAUCCAAGUAAAAAUAGAAUCUAUUAAAUCGGAAUUGCAAUCCAAAUUGGAACCACAGUACUCAAACCUACAAAAAAGUGUUGAUUUUGCUGAUGAUUUUGAGGUAAAUAAGUUGAAACAAAGACUAAAGAGAGUAGAGUUGGAAAUAUCUACCAUAUCGGAAAGGGAGCAAAGAUUGGACUUACAGCUACAUUCUAUACUUGAAGAGAUAGAUGAAUUAAAAGCAGAAAAAGUUACUAAUCAAAAAACUUUAGAAAGGGCAAAUUCACAACAACGCUUAUUAAUCAAAAAAUUAGAAGAUUACCAAAAAACAGCAGAGACUUGUAUGAUAAAGAAAACCAAUUUUUCCUCUAGGCGCGAUGUUUUACAAAAUAAACUAAGAGAAUUGGGGUUUUUACCGGAAGAUUCCUUUACUAAAUACGAAAACGCAACAACAGAGGAAUUGGUUCAAAAGCUAAAUAGAGUCACGAGAAAUUUGGGGAAAUAUAGAAAUGUCAAUAAAAGAGCUGGCGAAAGCUUUAAUAAGUUUUUAAACAAAAAACAAGAAUUACAAGAAAAGGCAAAAGAAUUAGAUCAAUCAAGGGACUCCAUUGUGGAAUUAAUUGAUACUUUAAAGCAUCAAAAGGUUACUGCUAUUGAGGCUACGUUUAAGAAAGUUGCUGAAAAUUUUACAGAAAUGUUUGAAAAACUAGUGCCAAGGGGUACGGGUAAAUUAAUUAUUCGUAAAAAAGAUAUGGAUAAUGAUAGCAACAUGAGUGAUGAUGAAUCAGUGGAUAAUAUUUAUGAGGGUGUUGCCAUUCAAGUCUCGUUUAACAGUAAAGAAGAUGAACAACUCCACGUCAGUCAGUUAUCCGGUGGUCAAAAAACAGUUUGUGCUAUUGCUUUGAUUUUGGCCAUGCAAAAAGUUGACCCAGCCCCAUUUUAUUUAUUUGAUGAAAUUGAUGCCGCUUUAGAUAAGCAAUACAGGACAUCUGUUGCCGCCACCAUUAAGGAAUUGUCUCAAAAUGCUCAGUUUAUAUGUACCACAUUUAGAACUGAUAUGUUGUAUGUCGCUGAUACUUUUUACAGAGUUAAAUUCGAAAAUAAACUAUCAACCAUUGCAGAAGUUGAUAGAGAAAAUGCAAUUGAUUUUAUUAGGGGCGGGAACGAUAAUUUAAUUAAUGAUAUUUAA